AUGCCUUCUCUACCCCAACCUCCCACCGACCCGAUCCCUCCCCUCUACCUCAACCUCCCACUGGCCCGACCCCUCCCCUCUACCUCAACCUCCCACUGGCCCGACCCCUCCCCUCUACCCCAACCUCCCACUGGCCCGACCCCUCCCCUCUACCCCAACCUCCCACUGGUCCGACCCCUCACCUCUAACCCAACCUCCCACCAACCCGACCCCUCCCCUCUACCUCAACCUCCCACUGGCCCGACCCCUCCCCUCUACCCAAACCUCCCACUGGCCCGACCCCUCCCCUCUACCCCAACCUCCCACUGGCCCGACCCCUCCCCUCUACCUCAACCUCCCACUGGCCCGACUCCUCCCCUCUACCUCAACCUCCCACUGGCCGACCCCUCCCCUCUACCUCAACCUCCCACUGGCCCGACCCCUCCCCUCUACCCCAACCUCCCACUGGCCCGACCCCUCCCCUCUACCCCAACUUCCCACCGACCCGACCCCUCCCCUCUACCCCAACCUCCCACUGGCACGACCCCUCCCCUCUACCUCAACCUCCCACUGGCCCGACCCCUCCCCUCUACCUCAACCUCCCACUGGCCCGACUCCUCCCCUCUACCUCAACUUCCCACUGGCCCGACCCCUCCCCUCUACCCAAACCUCCCACUGGCCCGACCCCUCCUCUCUACCUCAACCUGCCACUGGCCCGACCCCUUGCCUCUACUCCAGCCUCAACUGUUUUUAUCAUCAGUGUAUUUAAAUAAUUUAAAUGCGUUUCCCUGA